AUGGGACAGAACAACAAUGUGACAGAAUUUAUCCUGCUGGGCCUCACUCAGGAUCCUGCUGGGAGAAAAGCCUUGUUCCUCAUGUUUUUGCUCAUCUACAUUGUGACAAUGGUGGGCAACCUGCUCAUUGUGGGGACAGUGAUUGCCAGCCCUUCCUUGGGCUCCCCGAUGUACUUCUUUCUUGCCUGUCUGUCACUCAUGGAUGUUGUUUAUUCCACUGCCUUCUCACCCAAAUUGAUCAUGGACUUAAUUUGCAACAUAAGAACAAUUUCCCUUUCAGCUUGCAUGGGCCAGCUAUUUGUGGAACACUUAUUUGGUGGUGCCGAGGUCUUCCUUCUGGUAUUUAUGGCCUAUGAUCGCUAUGUGGCCAUCUGUAAACCCCUGCAUUAUAUGACCGUCAUGAAUCAUCAGGUUUGCGUUCUCCUCUUGGUGGUGGCCUGUGCUGGAGGUUUUGCCCACUCUUUGGUUCAAGUUAUCUUUGUUUACAACCUCCCUUUUUGUGGCCCCAAUAUCAUUGAUCACUUUAUCUGUGACAUGUAUCCAUUACUGGGAUUAGCAUGUACUGACACUUACCUAAUUGGCCUUACUGUGGUUGCCAAUGGUGGAGCAAUUUGUAUGGUGGUCUUUAUCCUUCUCCUAGUCUCCUAUGGGAUCAUCCUAAAUUCUCUUAAGACUCACAGUGAGGAAGGGAGACACAAAGCCCUGUCCACCUGCAGCUCCCACAUCAUAGUGGUUGUCCUCUUUUUCGUUCCCUGUAUUUUCAUGUAUAUUAGGCCUGUCUCUAACUUUCCUAUUGAUAAAUCCUUGACUGUAGUUUAUACGGUCAUUACCCCCAUGUUGAAUCCUUUAAUAUACACUCUGAGAAAUUCAGAGAUGAAAAAUUGUAUGGAAAAACUUUGGUGUAAAAGAUUAACCAUUUUUCUCAUUGGUUAUGCUUCUGUAAAUCUAUAG